AAAAACCCCAACAACAUAAAAAAAAAGAUCCGCGCUUACCGGUCUUUACUGGAAGUCUGUCGUUUACCCGGCGCGGUCGAGACGAGUGUUCCGGUGGAGGAUUUUGUCAACGGAGAUGGCGUCUUCAAAUAAGCAAUUGACGUCGUUCUUUAUUGAAGACAUUUUGUCUAUGAAAGAGGAAAAACCAGAGGGAUCAACCAGCACCACAGCCAGACGCCAAAGCCAGCUAAACUGGUCCAAGGACGGCGAGGAGGACAGCGCUCUCCUUCUGGCUGUCACAGCGGCGGAGUCCACAUUGGCGAGGCGACCAGCGGGCGGUUCGUGUGUGCGCUCCGCGGAACAGGCCCACUUACCCACGGACGCGGCGAGCGGCGGCGUGAAACAGAAGCGCUCCCGCGCCGCCUUCACGCACCUGCAGGUCCUGGAGCUCGAGAAGAAGUUCAGCCGUCAGAAGUACCUGUCCGCGCCGGAGCGCGCGCACCUCGCCACCGCGCUGCGCCUCACCGAGACGCAAGUCAAAAUAUGGUUUCAGAACCGGCGCUACAAAACCAAACGCAAGCAGCUCGCGUCGGAAUGCGCGAGGGACUACGCUCAAAAGUCGGAGGGCCGCGCUGCCUCGGCCACGCGAGAGGACCUGCUCAGGGCGUCGCUUUUUGCAGCAGUCUGUGAGUCUUACGCGUACCGGCCUUGCAUGUACGACUUACACGGACUUGGUGCUUGGAGGCCAGCGGUGUGGUGAAAGGGACACACGAGAAUGUUUAACUAUACCCAUUAGCCUAUGAUUAUUAAUGUGUUAAUAUAACUUGUACA